UUAAUUUUUUUGGUGCUGGCAACAAUCCUUGUAACUUUGGCAACCAUGUUUUCAAUUUCCUUUCGCUUCUGACAUUUGCGUUAUUCGCGUGUAAUUUUAGAUAAUCAAAAUGCAAAACGACGCCGGCGAAUUCGUUGACUUGUACUGCCCGAGGAAGUGCUCCGCCAGCAACCGGCUGAUCCACGCCAAGGACCACGCGUCGGUGCAGCUGGUGAUCGCGGACGUGGACCCCGCCACGGGGCGCGCGGGCGACGGCGCCAAGAUGUACGUGGUGUGCGGCGCCAUCCGCCGCAUGGGCGAGUCCGACGACUGCAUCGUGCGCCUCACCAAGAAGGACGGCAUACUUGCCAAAAACUACUGAUGGCAUCAUAAGAAGCUGUAUAUUAUAAGGAAAACAAUAAAAAAAUUGUAAAAGUU